AGGCACAUGCUAUGCAAAUGACAUGCUUGUUAUUUUGAGCUGCGAGGGUGGAGAGUUAACUCUCGGGCUGAUUGCAUGCAUUGUAGUGAAACAACAAAAGACUGUGCUUCUUUUGCUCCGACAGAAAAGAGCAAGUCUUGAUCCAGAUCUUGGUGUUUUUGAAGUACCGAGUGAAGGUGGUACUUUUAUUUGCCAAAGACUUGAUGGGCUUCUUGAUUACAUCCCACUUAGACACUACUGUAAAGGUGGCAGACUGCUGGUUGCUCUUAAACACAGUCCACCAUGGAGCCUGUAAGGGAGAAGAUCAGAAGCACACUGCCUUCCCUGGAAGAGGAGCAAAUAGAAACUCUUGUCACAAAGUUGACGGAUAUUGGAGUUACAAAUCUGGAAGACUGCACGUUUUUAACAGCAGCUGACUUGGAUGGGAUUUUGUCGUUGAUACAGUCCAGGCGGCUGAUAAAUGCAUUCUCCUCAGCAUCUCAGAGCACCUUGGUUGUGUCCGGUGCGCCAAAUGAGGAUCUGGUGGGGACGCAAACUGUGACGCCAAGUGUGACGCCAAGUGUGACGCCACAGAAGUUUCAAAUCCCAUGGCAGAAGUUCCCAGAUACGUUGAUGGAUGCACUGAAGGAGAAGAAGAGACCACCACCAAAACAUAGAAGGCACAUGAUCCGGAUCAUCAUGGAAGACAUGAUGGCUACUGACACCAGACCAGGCAGAAGCAAGUUGAAGCAGGUUGCACAGCAGCUGGUUGAGAGAUACCCUGAUUCCUUCUUGGACAAAUGUGGCAUAAAUGUUGUGGGACAAGGUUUUGCAUCCCUUGUAAUGCAAAUGGAGAACAGGGUUGAGAAUGUCAGAAGACAGUAUGCUUUUAGCACAUCCCAUGAAGGGAGGCCAAAGAAAAAAUGUAGAUCUUCUGACCGUUAUGGUUGUACUCAGUGGCAACCCGAGUCACUGAAUGACUUUAACAGCCAAGAGGAUAAAAAGAAAAUGCUUCAAGAUGCCUUUAAAGAAAACCUUCUCCCUCAGAGUGACAUUAAAAGACUGAUGUCUGAAACAUACUGUGCCCAGCGCAUCACUCUGAAUAGUGAGGAAAAUGUAAUCAAAGUCAUGGAAGAAUGGCCUUACAUCUUCAACACCAGCCAUCUGCUCGACCACACAGAGAAACUAAUGGGAUUUCCUGUCCAAACCAAAUUGCUGGACCAAAUUCAGGAGAAGGGCAAGAUCAUCACGGAGUUUCUUGGUAGCAAGGGAAUCACAGGAGUAACUACAGACCCAUUGAAACUCCUCCAGGGUCUAGUGAAGUACCUCGCAGAGGAGCAAAAGGUGCUUUUAAUAAAUGAAGAAGAUGCCUUAGCAGAGCUGCCAAGCACCCCAUGUAUCAUAGUUAUGGAUGAAGGAAGAUACAAGAUUUCAGUGGAUGAAGUCACAGUUAACAUCGUUGGCUGUCCACUAGUUGCUGUGAGCUAUAUGUUCAGCCUAUAUUAUGUGCUGAAUAUAAAGUAUCCAAAGGGAGCAGCCCUGACUCUGGAGUUCAUCCAGAGGUGCCUGCUAGGGAUAAACCCAGAAACAGUACAACGUCCCCCCAAAACUGCUUCGAUUCCUGUCGGACCUUAAUGACUUCAACAAUCCGUGGAAGAUUUAAAGAAACAGCUGAUUGAGCGGCGGUGUGCUGAUCUUGCGUGAUGUUGAUCAUGCGGCGCCCGAGUGAAUUUGACCGGCAUGAAAUCGGCAUAUGUCAGACGGCCGGUCAAUCGGUGCAUCUCUAUGCAUAUUCAAUUUCAUUCUGGUUUAUUUAACUAUACUUGUGUUAUAUUGUAAAAAGUAUUUUCAUACACUGCCUCUGAUGUACAUAAAACGUGAAUUCCAAAUUGACUUACUGUCAGUGUAUAGCCUUUUUGUGAGAAAUGUCUGUUAUGUUUCAGUGGGCGUUUUAUUACUCUGCAUUCUGCAUUGAGUCAAUGUACAACAGAAAUGCACGUGUUGUGUUCGUCAGCACUUUGUUAAUGUCAUCGAUAGGCCAGUUGGUUUCAGAUGCUUGUUGAGCUAUACUGUAUUUAUCUUAAAAAUGUAAACUUCACUCUAACUCUUCAGAUGUGUGCUUACACAGAUAUAUACAGUAUUUAUGGAUGAUUUAAAUUCCAAUACUACUGCUUUUGUUGGAUGAAAACUGAGUGUUAGUGGCUUAGAUUGUUAUUGUUACACAUUGUAAUGUGACAAAUUGUUAAUGUUGUUAAACUUAAU